AUGUCGACCCCAAACGCUGCGCUUGCGCAGCUGAGAGCGAGCUCCGCACGAGGCGGGCGAGGACGCGCGGGUGCGCGCCGUUCCACAGCCGCUGGUCGUGGAAAGCCCACGGGCGCCGUCCGCGUCAUCAAGAAGAAGAAGUCGGCUUCCAAGUCGACAACAACGCCAACCCCGGAGCCAACCAAGACCGAGCAGGAGCAGGAGCAGCAACAGCAACAGCAGCAGCAGCAGCAAGACGAGCCACCCGCAGAGGCUGCAGGCGAGAAGAAGCCCACUUCUGCCUCCAUCAACUACCGCAAGGUGGCUGCCAGCAAGCCGGAGCAAGUCGUCGUGCCUGAGAGCCGCCCGCUUGGCGCCGAGCAGCCCGAGGAGGAGGCCAAGCCUGCUGUUGCAGAGGAAGCCCAGCCCGAGGAAGAGCCCAAGGAACCCGAGGGGCCCAAGCUGGUUGACUCCCCUCUGGACGAUCUCACAGAAUACAUGCAGCGCGUGCGUGAGCUGUCGGUGGCCUCCAAGGCGUGCCGGCAGUUUCUGGCCGCGUAUCGCAAGCCAGACGAGUGGAACACCGUCCCUGUUCCCAUCACCCAAGGCGACCUCAACACGCUUUUGGAGCAGAGCGCCCCUGCCACGUCUGAGGAGGGCGAGGAGCCUAAGGAGGAGGCCAAGGAGGAGCCCAAGGAGCCGAAGAACGUGUUUGAGGUGAUGAAGAAGCACGGCUUGAAAGCGGUUGCUCUCGUCGGCACACGCUUCUUCAACGACGACCUUGCACACUACCUCAACGCCUCCCACCGCAUGACCCUCAACGAGCAGACGCUCAAGGCAUUUGGCGAGGCCGUGAGCGGCGUGACGUCGCUGACGCUCGACUCAAUCCCUCUUCGGGAGGAGCAAGUGGAGCAGCUUGCAUCGCUGCUGCCUGCACUUGAAGAGCUUGUGGUGAUUGGCUGGAUUGCCGCCGAGGAGCCGCGCGCGCCCAUCAAGCUGCAGAACAUCAUGCCGUUCAAGUCGCUGCAGCGGCUGGUGCUGGACCGCGUCAAGUUCCACGAGCGCUUCCUCCGUCUCACCAUCAAGGAGCUGCCGCAGCUCAAGGCUGUGACGAUUGUUGCGUACCGUGACCAGGGCGCGUACCAGCACCUCGGCGCACGGCCAAACACGUUCCUGCACCAGUUUGAGAGCGCUUUCCCCGAGAUCAAGUUCACAGCUGUCAACUCCACAGAGGAAUACACAAUCACAGGGGAGCAGAAGCACCUGCUUGACAAGCUGCGCGCGGCGCACGGCCCAGCGCCUGUGGCGAGCAAGUACGUGCCGCCCUCCCAGCGCGGGAUGGUCAACGCCCCCGGGGGAAUGCUGCCACGCGUGGAGGACGUUGCUCUCGAGUCGACCAUUGCAUUCCCCUCGCUCGGCGACGCCAUGAAGGAGGAAGAGGAGAAGAAGGCCCAGAAGAAGACCAAGAAGGGCAGCACGUCCACUCCGCCCGCCACCUCCUCCUCGUCCACGGGUGCCACCACCCCGACCCAGCCUGCUCCUGCCCAGGAGAAGAACGUGUACCGCCCCCCGCGCGGCGCUGCCCCCGCCACCCUGAGCGACAACCGCUCUUCCCGCAGCGACGACACCCGCGGUGGGUUUGGCGGCGACAGGUGGGAACCAAGUCGCAGACAGCCUGCUGAGAGCGAACGCCGUGGUGGCAGCGGUUUUGAUGAUCGUGAUCGCCGCAGCGGUGACAGCGACAGGGUUGGCGGCCGUGGCGGCGGCUGGCGUGAUGAUGGUGAUGGCGACAGGUUUGGUGGCCGCGGUGGUGGCAGCGGUUAUGAUGAUCGUGAGCGCCGCAGCGGUGACAGCGACAGGGUUGGUGGUCGUGGCGGCGGCUGGCGUGAUGAUGGUGAUCGCCGCAGCGGUGACAGUGGUGGGUUUGGUGGCCGCAACCGCUUCGAUCGUGAUGGCCGUGGUGGCGGCCGCUUUGAUGACCGUGAUCGCCGCGGCGGUGACAGCGGUGGGUUUGGUGGCGGCUGGCGUGAUGGCGACUCCCAGCGCCGGCCACAGCAGCAACAGCAGCAGGGGCAGCGUCCCCGUGGUGGUGCCUGGCGUUAA